UUUCUUGUAUCUUACAGUGGAACCUUUCAAUGAACAUAGCUGGAUUUGAUGAUGUGAGAUUUGAAGCUGCAAGUGAACUCGCAAAAUUGUAUGAACAGACUGGAGGAUCCAAUAAUGCCAAGGUUGUAUUAAUGAGGGCAACAGAACUCUCAAGGCAAAAUAUAUUUUGGCAUUGCCGCCUAAUAUUUCAGACAGCUCAGAUUGGAGUGUCAGAGCUAGAUUAUGCUACUGCAGGAGGUCUUCUUCAAGUUGGAAUUGAGUACUGCCAUAUUCAAGGUGUUGCUUACAAUCAGUUACUUUUCCUUUUGAGUAGAAUUAUGGUAUUUUUACUGGAGGGUCGAAGUGCAGUUGAAGUGCAAACCCUGUUGACACAGGCCAAUCAGAAUGUUGAACAGUAUAAUGGAGCACAUGGUCAAAAGGAACAUCUCAGGGUUUUUUAUUUGGUAUUAUUGGUUGUGCAUAACCUCAACAGUGGACAAGUGAAAAGUGUCAAACCAGCUUUGAAACAGCUCCAGCAGUCUAUACAAAACAUAACGCAGCUAGCAGAAAAUGAAGUCAACCCUAGCAGCAUGAGUGAAAUGUUUUCCUGGCUCCCACGUGAUCAGCUGUGUGUUUUGGUGUAUUUAGUUUCUGUGAUGCAUUCAAUGCAGGCUGGAUACAUGGAAAAGGCGCAGAAGUAUACGGACAAAGCCCUCCUUCAAAUAGAUAAGCUCAAAGCUGAAGAUAAUUCUGCAAUCUUGAGUGCUCUGCAGUUAAUGCUACUGGAACACAAUGCUAUGUGCCAUUUGAUAAUAGGAUCAAAAACUCAGGCUAUCAAGGAGAUAGCAAAAGUAUGUCAGCUUUUACAGGACGAUGCAAAAUUGCUACAGGCUCAUCGUGCACAGCUGCACACGUUGCUGGCUGUGUAUUCCAUGAGCAUGAAUAACUCAGAAGCUGCAGAACUCCAGUUUAAUGCUGCUCUGAGGACCUCAAAGAACAGGGAUCUUUGGAUAUUUGCAAAUUUAAAUUUGGCUGUGGUCUAUUUGCGUUGUCAUCGUGAGAGAGAUUUUGUUGCAAUAAUGGACCGAAUAAAUCCUGAUACACUACCCACGCAGUCUCAAAGCUUGAGGGCAGCAUCAUUUUAUGUGCAAGGUCUCCAUGCUUUCUUCACACAUCGUCAUAAUGAUGGGAAGAGAUUUUUACGGGAAUCGCUGAAGAUGGCAAAUGCUGAAGAUUUGAAUCGCUUAACAUCAUGUUCCCUCGUGUUGCUUGGGCAUAUUUUCCUUGCUCUUGGCAAUCCAAGAGAGGCACAUAAUAUGGUUACUCCAGCAAUGCAAUUAGCAUCUAAGAUACCAGAUCUUCAUUUACAGCUUUGGUCUUCUGCUAUAUUAAAAGAUCUCUAUCGUCAAUUUGGUGAUGUACCUCAUGAACAGGAAAGUAGUCAGAACCAUAAAAAUUUUUCCCAAACUCUGCUCUCUGAUCAUCUCAUGGCCUCACAUUUACCAGAACAUCGACUUAUAAUGUGGACAGAUGGGCCAUUCCCUUUACCAGUGGCAGACAAAAUAUAAAAAUGUAAGGCACUAAUUGUUUAUAUAAAAUAUUGUUUAAAGAUAAUACCAAUUUAUGAAAUAUUUUGAAUAUAAAAUUUUAUUGUAUGUAACAAACUUAUUAUAGCAAUUGACUAUUCUUUUGGUAGUGGAAGCACCUCAUGGAUUGUGGGACACAUUGUUUUAUUUUGAAUCUAUGUCGUGCUGCACAGAUAUACGCUGAUAGUUUUAUUUAGUGUCAGGAUAAGAUUAGGUUGACUGAUUCCCAAUUUGUUCAGUUUCAGGAUAAGAUUAGGUUGACUAAUUCCUAGUGUGUUCAGUUUCAGGAUAAUAUUAGGUUGAGUUGAUUCUUUUGUUCUGAAUGUAAUCUUUGUCAUAUUAGCCGUAUCUGAACGAUUAAUUAAGGUUUUUUAGUAAGAUUGCUUUGUUAACUAUUAAUUAUAGUACUGUGUCACAUCAACUUGACGAACAUACUGGCAUAUAACUUACACAAUGGGGUACUCUGGCUCUAAUUAUCGUAAUUGAUAGAAUAACGCAGUUCCAUAUAAAGUUUCUAAAAGCCUAUCCCAACCAGUAUUUUGUAAGUACCAUUCAAUAUAGAGUAUGAAUUACUUAUAAUUUUUUAAAGUAUGAAUUGCUUAUCAUUCGAAUUUAGAGAUACAUCUGCAAAAUGUAUUGCUUCUAAUAUUUGUGAACACACCUGCACCUGAGAGAGAGAGAGAGAGAGAGAGAGAGAGAGAGAGAGAGAGAGAGAGAGAGAGAGAGAGAGAGAGAGAGAGAAUCAUACAGUAUCACAUCAACUUAAUGGAUCCUGUGAGUAAUGAAAUCUUCUAAGUAUCAAUGACGGACAUGUAACCUUUAUAAUGGUUUCCCAUAGGCUAACUGUCGUAGUUGAUAGUCUAGUGCAAAUCCAAGUACAGUUUUUAAAAGUGUAUCCUAAAAGGUAUUUUGUGAUUAUCAUUCACUUUAAAUUAUUGAAUUACUUGUCAAAUUCAAAAGAUAUACUUGCAAAAUGUAUGGGUAUGUAUCAGUAACUACUUAUGCUUGCAAGAUGUGUAUAGUACAAGUCCCAUACAAUAUAAAUAAAAUGUAAACAUAGUUUC